AUGAAUAUCAUUGUACAAUUACGACAGGUUAUAAAUGAUAUACAAACAUUUACCGAUGUCGAUGAAUGUGUUGCAUUUAUUAAUGAUAUUAUAGAUAAAAAAAUUUGUUUAGUUUCUUCCGGAGCACUCGGUCACACAAUUGUUCCAAUCAUUCAUGAUAAGGCACAGAUAAGUGACAUUUAUAUUUUUUGUGGAAACAAAAUUCUACAUGAGCAAUGGACACAACAAUGGUCUAAAGUGAAAGGAGUAUUCACAGAUAUUUCAUUAAUAUGUGAAUCACUUACACAAGCCACUCAAAAUUCUGAGUCUAUGAGUUUUAUUGAGACAAUUGAUGACACUUCAAAUAUAAAUUUAAAUAAACUUGAUCAAUCGUUUAUGUAUACUCAACUAUUGAAAGAAAUCUUACUGACUAUAGAUUUCGAACAAGAAUAUUUUAAUGAUUUUCUUAUAUUUUGUCGAGAAUACUUUGCCGAUAAUAAUAUUGAAUUGAACAAUGUCGAUAAAAUCGAAAAAGAAUAUCAAGAUCAACAAUCAAUCUGGUGGUAUACAUAUAAUUGUUUUCUUUGCUCCAUGUCGAAUAAAGCAUUACAUACAAUGGAAAUUGAUCUAAUUAUUAAAUUGGGCGUCUUUAUUCGAGAUCUUCAUCAACAUAUUGCUAACCUUCAUUCCGAACAAUAUGGUGACCAUCAUCAAUCGAAAACUUUUACCGUAUAUCGUGGUCAAGGUUUAUCUCAGAUAGAUUUUGAUCAAUUGGCGAAAAAAUACGGUGGAUUAUUAUCUUUUCAUAGUUUUUUAUCCACAAGUGAAGAUCGAAAUGUGGCUCUGGCUUUUGCUCGACAAAGUAUUGAAAUUUCUUAUCUAAUAGGUAUUCUUUUUACAGUCGAACCCGCUUAUAAGAGCCUAGUCGGGGAAUCAAAAAGUGGCUCUUAUAUCCGAACAGCUCCUUUAUCCGAACUAUAUGUAAAACAGUGCAACAAUUGA